AGGUCCUCGCGGCGCUGGUUUCCUGUCUCUCUCUUUCGCUGCCGCCAUCAUGGGUCGCAUGCACGCUCCCGGAAAGGGCCUGUCCCAGUCAGCUCUUCCAUACAGACGCAGUGUCCCAACUUGGCUGAAACUAACGUCUGAUGAUGUGAAGGAACAGAUUUACAAACUGGCCAAAAAAGGUUUGACACCAUCCCAAAUCGGUGUCAUCCUCCGUGAUUCUCACGGUGUUGCCCAAGUUCGUUUUGUGACUGGCAACAAGAUUCUGAGAAUCCUCAAGUCCAAGGGGCUUGCUCCAGACCUUCCCGAGGAUCUGUACCAUUUAAUCAAGAAAGCUGUCGCUGUUCGUAAGCAUCUUGAGAGAAACAGGAAGGAUAAGGAUGCCAAGUUCCGUUUGAUUCUAAUUGAAAGUAGAAUCCACAGGCUGGCUCGCUACUACAAGACCAGGAGAGUGCUUCCACCUAACUGGAAAUAUGAGUCAUCCACAGCUUCAGCCCUGGUCGCAUAAAACAUUAAAAUUUAAAAAGAAUAAAAUUUCAAUUUAAAUAAA